AGCCCAAGCCCAAGCCCAAGUAUAUAUCCCUAAGCCUCUUUUCAGACUCGUCUUCUUCGUCCUUCUUCUCCACUCCAUUGUUGAACGGCAAAAGUUCACUGAUCUCUCUCUCCUCCGUCUCCAUCUCUGGCGCUGGAUUGUAGAAAUCCAUCUCAGUUUGCUUGGGCGCGAAGAAAAGUGCUAACCCAGAAUAUCCUAAUCGGAUUCGUCAGCUUCAAAUUUCUAAUCAUCACAAAAUGACUUCAGCAUUGAUGGCAGGAAUUGCAGUAGCUGCUGCAGCAUAUGCUGGUAGAUACAGCAUUCUGGCUUGGCAGGCCUUCAAAGCAAGACCACCCUCUGCAAAACUACGAAAAUUUUAUGAAGGUGGUUUUCAACCUGUUAUGAACCGAAGAGAGGCGGCUCUAAUACUUGGAGUCAGGGAAAGAACUCCAACAGAAAAGGUUAGGGAAGCACAUAGAAGGGUGAUGGUUGCAAACCAUCCAGAUGCCGGUGGUAGCCAUUACCUUGCAUCGAAAAUCAAUGAAGCCAAAGAUAUCUUGCUUGGGAAAACCAAGGGUGGUGGUUCUGCCUUUUGAUGCUUUUUCUCUUCUCGAUUUUACUAAUGCCACUAAUGAGUUUGAGGAGGUUGAGCUUCACUUCAAUUUCAUUAUUUGCCUGUAAUACUAAUUGUAUAUAUAAACCAUAAAUAAUACUUAUGAACUACAAGGGAAUAGUUUUUAGUUUUUCAAAUUAUUUUUGGGGGACCUAUAAUUGAUUGUGCUCUAUUUAUUUUCUUUCAUUUUGUACUAUGAUUUUAUAAUUUUAGAAUGGUCACUUAAAAUCUCUUGUA